AUAUAACAUAAGGGUCCAACAUUAUAAGAUCACAGAUUGACCGAUUUUUCAACAAAACGUCAAAAAUAGAAACAGGAAUCACAUAUUCGGUAUAUGAGAGUUUGCAAACUUGUGGUCCAAUUUCGAUUUUUAGAAAAGUUCUUUCUGAUUUGUAAAAAAUAUAUUUCAUCGUCUCAAGGUCCAGUCAUUUCAAACAUCUCUAGACGUACGGCUACACUAAAUAACUCGAAAGCAAAGAUCGACCUCAAUUUACUCAUUUAAUAUUCCAAUUUUUUUUAUCACAAAAGGAAAAUUCAGUAACUAGUAAUGGCCACGAGUUGUAUUCUAAGACUUGCUCUUCAGACGGAUUCCAGUUCGCCGAACUGCUUCAUGGAAAAAUUAAUGGCGAAAAUAUUUAGGUUCUAUGACGAGCAGUCUCUAACCGAUGUGACAUUUAAAGUUGCAAGACCAACGGCUCUCGUACCCGCGCAUCGUUUGAUACUCGCAGCAGCGAGUCCCUACUUCGAGAACCUUUUCAAUGGCGAUCAAGGGAAUAAUCCUAUCAUCGAGAUAAAUGAUGUAGAUGGCGAUACUUUUGAGCGUCUAAUAACAUUUUGUUACACCGGACAGGCGCUGAUUACCGUUACCAAUGUUGGUGUCAUGCUGAAAGCGGCAAUCCUGUUACAAUUGGAUGAUGCCAUAACCGAGUGUGUGGACUUCCUGAUGGCUCAUAUAGAUGAAUACACAUUACACGAUGCGUAUAUGCUUGAGCGAGAAACGCGAUGUGAACUGCUUAAGCAGAAAUUCAUCGAAUAUGGAACGAAUAAUUUCAUGGAUAUGAUCAGCCUAAGCGAUGAAUUUCCAAGUUUCGAUGUUGAAGAAAUGCAACGUAUUCUGGAAUCUGACAAUUUGAAUAUAACUAGUAAGGAAGAUGUUUUCGAUGCCAUAAGAUGCUGGUUCAAUCACGACGUUCCUGCGCGUCAAGAGCAACUGCCGCUUUUAAUAGCUUGUCUCCGGCUUACCCAAUUCGAUGCGCACUUUCUGUUGACCCGCAUACAACCGUUACCUGGUUGUGAGUUGCUGGCCUUCAAGGCGUUAUCAUGGAUCAGUAAGCCGGAAGCACGAACAAAGAUAAACAUGCGAUUUACAGAACCACGUGCUGCAAAUUGUGGUGAGAAAACAUUGCUGGCAUUUAGCUCAUGGAUUAAUCCCAAGGUGUUGCAAUAUAACAAAGCUGAGGAUAACUGGCAGGAAUAUGCGAGUAUAAAUUUCGAUUACCUAUAUUAUAGAACCAUUUUAAAGGAUGAUAAUAUAUUAUUUACUGGCGGUGAUACAAAAGGUGAGAGAAUAAUAUCCAACAUCGUCCGCAGCUGGAAUAUACGGAAUAAGACAUGGCAAGAUUUGCCCGCCAUGAAACAAGCAAGAUGUGGACACUGCGUUGUCGAAUUAGAUGGUAAAAUCUACGCGAUUGGUGGUUUUGAUGGCCAAAAUGCUCUGUCGUCGGUGGAAAGAUAUACGACUUCCGAUGGUUGGAAGUUAGUGAAGAGCUUGACUGUUGGACGAUAUGACGCCAGUGCAGUGACUUUGAAUGGCAAAAUCUAUAUAAUGGGCGGUUUUAAUGGCACCAAAUUAAAAUCCGUCGAAUGCUACAACCCGGAUUCGAAUACUUGGACUUCUUGCGCGGAUAUGACAGAAUGUGACCGUUUACCUGUUGUAAGUUAGACUAAAAAUUUAUUGUUAAUAUUAGUAGAACGUUCAUCAAGUCCUAAUUUGGAAGAAAGAGGAAGAGUCGAAAAAGGGCGGAUCUACGUAACCGGAAUUCAUAUCCUGUCAGAGUAUUCCAAUUAAUUUGUGAAUGAGAUAUCCGUUACAAUAAGAAAUUUGAUUCACCGUUGCAAGUCUUCCAUAAAGUUUUUAAAACCAAGAAAAGUAGCUCCGCUUCAAUAAAAAUUACCAAAACUGUCGAACUGAAAAUAGUCACUGAUUUAUUUAGUCGUCCUCUUAGCUUUAUUAAAACUAAACACAACGUUAAUUGCUACUUUUUAUAUUACAGGCAGCUGUACACAAAGGUCACAUUUAUGUUGUUGGCUGUUGCUCUGGAAACGGUACAGUUGAACGCUAUGAUCCUCAUCAGAACAAAUGGUUACAGGUAUGUAUAUUAAGUUGAUUUUUGCCAAUCGCUUGAUCUCAAACUAAAUAUUCUUGAAAACGUUUCGCAGAUUUGCUCUUUGGA